AUGCUCUACCGCGAUUUGCCGACGCGAUGUCAAUGCGGUCAUUGGUUCAAGUUGGUGGAUAUGGAGCGCUUUGAACGAGAACGAGAAAAACAUUGGCAGCAGGUGAAAGAUAAACCGGAAAACAUCAAGUUGCAAAUCGAAUUCGAUGAGGUUGAAAAAGAACUGGGCGUAAUGAUCCAACAGGGUCAUGGCCUUAAUAACAACACUCCAGGUCUGACGGACUUCCUGGAACAGAGAUUCGCCUCCGUAUGGAGAUACCCUGAUUAG